AUGUACUACAAUGCUCUGUUUUAUGGACUGCAGCUGACUGACGGCCCGGGAGGAGAUCUUACGACGAAGGCAUACAUGAAGAUGCUCGAGAGCGUACCUGCUUGGCUCGCAUCUCCAGGUGAUACGAAUAUGGACGUACAUAUUGCAGCCCUCUCAGCAUGGACGGCCAUGACUACUCACGACUACCAACUGGCAUGGAAGUUCCACUGCAAGUCAUGCCAACACAUUAAGUCGAUCGGAAUAGAUCGGCUAGACACGGUUCCGGCAAAGUCCUUCGAAGAGGAAACCGAGAGAGAUGUUGGUCGCUACACGUACUGGUACGUUGUCUCCAUCGACACGUUCUUCCGUUUGUUCUAUGGGAAGCCCACUGUUCUGCGAUGGUCGCCAAACAAGGUCCGCCCGCCCCUACUCUUUCGUCCCGACAACAUGCAUCCUUCGGCGCUCCAUGUUACCAUCAGUGUCGUGUGGGUGCGAUAUACCCUGUUGACCGUAGAGGCGAUCGGUUACAUUGACGAAAACCCGCCACACGAUCGCAACAGCUGUGUCCAAAAGGCUGACGAAGCUUGUUCGCAAAUGGAAGACCUCAUCAGCGAAUGGAGAUUGGAGGAGGUGAUGAACGGCAAAGAGACUACAGAUGAUGUUCGCUGUCUUCUUGCAGAUCACAUCAGUAGGUAA